UCAUAUUGAAAUUUAUCAAUUUAAUAAAUCUGCGAAAAUUGACUGGCUCCGGUAACUGUAGCUCGGACAUGAAUGAAACGAUAGUGGCGGUCGAUAUGCAACAACAUCCUCUCUCUGGUUGACCUCUGGUAUUGCAGCAUUAUGGCUGAAUCACUUGAACAUGUGGUACCAGACCUGGUUUUGGAGAAGUUAGACUCCCUCUUAGCCCAAGGAAUUGGCCUCGAAAAGAGAUUGGACGUCGGAAGCGAGCUAAAACUGCUUCGAGCCACCUUGUCCACCAUCCAAGACCUGGUCUUAGUAGCUGAGGGGCAACCCACACAGAAAACGGAAGGCUCUGAGCUCGGAAUUUGGCUGUACGACAUCACGCAGGCUAUGGACUCUAUGCCAAGUUUGCUGGAUGAAUUGCAGCUCGAAGUUUUAGGGAGAAAAGCGGCACAAAGGACGAGGCCUGGGAGCAUUAAAAGAGAGGUACGCAGUUUGUUCUCAAGAUCAAAUUUACUUGCAUCCACGAUUUCCCACAUCAAAGAGGUCAGGAUGAAGCUAGAGAAGAUUGCAUCUCAAAAGCCAAAUUUUAAUUCCACUGUGUAUGCUAAAAGAGUUGUAGAUAUGCAUGUGAGACCCAGACAUGUAGACAUGUAUGUGAAGCCCAGGAAGAGGGGGAUGGCGCAAUUCUCUAUUGGUGCUACAGAUAUUAUUGGGAGAGACCAGGAGAAGAAAAAUAUUAUCCAGCUCUUGAUGCAUUCAGGAGAUGGUGAGAAUGUUUCUGUCCUUCCCAUUGUUGGAGUUGGAGGUAUAGGCAAGACAACUCUGGUGAGAUGGGUGUAUGAUGAUGUACAGAUAGCUACACAUUUUCAAAAAAGAAUGUGGGUUUAUGCCUCAGAAAGCUUUAAUAUCACGAAGAUAAUUAAGGAAAUGAUUUAUUCUGCAACUGGUGAAAAGUGUGGCAAUUUAACCUUAGAUCAAUUGCAAACUCUUCUAAGACGUAUCCUAGAUGGGAAAAGGUUCUUGCUCAUCCUGGAUGACGUAUGGAAUAGAGAUCGCGAAAAAUGGCUUAAGCUGAGAGCCUUGCUAAUGGGUGGUGGUCAUGGGAGUAAAAUCGUCGUGACUACUCGUAAGAUAGGGGUCGGACCGAUAAUGGGUACUAUUCAGACGUAUGUGUUGAGCCCUCUUCCUCCUGAGGAGAGCUGGUCUUUGUUUCUGAAACACGCAUGUGUGGAAAGGGUAGAAGGAGAGUCUUCAAAUCUAAUGGAAUUUGGGUACCAAGUUGUGGAAAAAUGUGGAGGAAUUCCUAUACAAGUGAGAAUGUCGGGAAACUUAAUGUAUUCUGCAAAGGAGACAGAGGAUUGGACAUCUAUGAGAGAUAAUGGAAUAUGGAGCUCAGAGCAUUUACCAGCGCUGAAGUUGAGUUAUGAAAAGUUGCCAUCUCACUUAAAACCCUGCUUCACUUUUUGUUCAAUCUUCCCAAAAAAUUCUGAAAUUCGUAGUGAUGAUCUGGUUCAGCUGUGGAUUAUGCAUGACUUGAUAAAACCAAUAUCAAAUCAAGGUGGUAAAGAGAUGGAAGAUAUUGGCGAGGAGUACAUCAAGGAAUUAUAUGAGAGAUCCUUCUUUCAAGAUUUUGAAAAAAGAGAGCAUGGGGCUUGUUUCAGAAUUAGAAUGCACGAUCUUGUACAUGAUCUUGCAGCGUCCCUGGCACAGCAAGAGAACAUUAUGCUGACUUUUGCUGCAAAAAAUAUCUCCAGAAAGAUCCGACAUGUGUCGUUUUCUGAUGAAGAUUGGUCAGGGCAUGAACAGAAAGUUCUAAAUUUUUUAGGGAAGCUGACUGAUGUUCAAACCAUUUUGUUCCCAGUUGAUGGAGUGGGGCUCAACAAUGAAUCAAUUGUCAAUACUUGCAUUGAGAGGUUCAAAUCAAUGCAGGUUCUCGAUUUGAGUGAUUCAAGAUUUGAGGCACUGCCAGAGUCCAUUACUAGUCUAAAAAAUCUGAGAUUUCUCAGUUUAAAGAGGAAUGAUAGGAUCAUGAAACUCCCUGAUUCCAUUUCCCGGUUGAAGAAUUUGCGUGCAUUGAUGCUUGGAGGAUGUUCAGAACUUUCAAAUUUGCCAAAAGAUAUGGAGCUUAUGAUCAACCUGAGGCAUUUGGAAAUAACCACGAAAGAGGAGGCUUUGCCUGCGUUGAAUUCCUUCAAGUCUCUCAGAUAUUUGGGGGUUGUAGGAUGUGUCAAUUUGAAAUCUCUGUUUUUAGGGAGGGAAACCUUCACUGCCCUUGGAACAUUGUUCAUUCACAGAUGUCCAAGUUUGGUUUCUCUGCCAUGUGGCGUCAGACACCUAUCUGCUUUAAAGAUUCUGAGAAUCGAUGAUUGUGGGACACUUGAUUUGCUGGAUGGUGAUGAUGACAACGUUCCAGGCUUGAAGAGUCUCAAGCUCUUGGUGAUUGUGAAGUUACCAAGGUUGACGACUUUGCCCAAGUGGAUUCUUCAGGCAGCUGCUUCUCCUUUCAACACUCUGUCAUGCAUAGUCAUUGAAGCCUGUCCCAACUUUAGAGGAUUGCCACAGGAGGUGCUGCAAAAGUUGGAUUCCUAUCCGAAAUUUAAGAUCGAAGAUUGUCCUAAAUCAAUUGUUUCUACCCAGAUGCACAUGUUGGUGACAAAAAAAAAAAGAAAUCAACCACCGAAUGUUUCGGAAGUAUGCCCAUGCGCAGAACAGUGAGUCAGCUAAAGCUUUGGAGGAAGUAUACAAGAACUAAUUCUUCUCCUGAACUCCAUAAUGACAGUCUUGAAGGAUGGAAAGGCCCAUGACUGCUGGAAUGAUUAGAUUUUCCUCUAAACAUGUAGAAGUGCUUAAAGUAGUUUCGCAUAAAUAUUGUCUGUUCUAAACUCAAAGGGUUCUCCUGACAUGUCGUGUCCCAUAGGAUUAACUAUGAUGCCAUUUGUAAUGGUUUGCUCCCAACCACUUCUCGCAGCUCUCAUGAAACUUUUUUUUCCUUUUUGAUGUGGGAUAUUACAAGAAUGCUAGUUUCGUCAA